UGCCCAGCCCUACCCUUCUGUGCCUUGCCCUGCCCUGCCGAGCAACAAGUGCAGUCGCGGCGAGGGCGGUCGCGCCAGUGGACACGUCUGGGAGAACGGCGGCGCCAGCAGGCUGUUCGCGAAAGCACCACCCCCCGUAUUGUCAACGCACGUGCGGGGCGGCCGGGCAGCAUGCCUCAUGACGAUUUCGACUCCGACGAAGAGGAGGCGGAGGGACAGGUGACAUGCAAGUGCGUGGCGCCCGUCGUGGUUGUCAUCGCCACCACUAUGGUGGUGUCGAUGGUGCUCGUCACCACACUCACCACGAGCCUCGCUACCGUCGCCAAGUUGAUGGCAGUCUUCAUCAUGACUACAGUUAUGGCAAGCGUUAUGACUGUCAUUAUGAAUAAUAACGAUGAAUAAGGAUAAUGAAUUGGAACUGCCAACUGUUGCUUUUACAUGAACAGUUCACUAUAUUGUACGCGUUUCGAUGUUGCGAUAUAUUCAGAGAUGUUGCUAUUUGCUGAUGAGCUUGUCGAUGUUCUUUGUAUAUUUAGUAUUUAUUGACAAUUUUUUAAAACAAAAAUGUCACUAUAUUAGUUUAAAUUUCCUGAAAUUACAAGAAAAUGGCGAUCAGCAAUGCGGUGUUGACAUUCGCUUGGAAGCGACGUAAUCCAAUAUGGUGGCAAGAAGAACAUAACCACACUUACAUUAAUAUGUUCUAAGUUCCUUCGUAAAAUCAUGUGUAUAUAGUUGCUUCAAUUGUCGCAAGUAAGGAAGACGUAGAAUGCUUCUUCGAAUGUCUAUGGAAUCUGUUUAUUACAAGAUGUCACAGUUUCCAUGUUGCGUCCCUCUUUCCACGUGGCAUUAACAUUGCCAUGGCAACGGAAGGGUUCAACGCUGCCUGUCUGGAGGCGUUACAACCGUGUGUUCUAGCAUCCUUGGAAUCUUUUACGUCUUCAUGUCUCGAUAUAUUGUGAAUCUCCCAAACGAAGGGAGGCAAUGGAUGAAGUGAUCAAUGUCCAAAGCAAUAAUUUCCAUUGUUUACAAGUUACCACAUACACAAAGAAAGAAAGAAAUAUAACUAUUUUGAAUGAAUAUAUAUUUUGCUCAAUAUUAUCCGAUCAUGAGUUUUCGAGUCUAUACAAAUUUUUAUUAGGCUUUACAUAAUCAAUUAAUUUCACCAAAGUAAAUAAACAGUCUGGUUUACUCUAUAAUGGAUUCUAUUUUAUUGCUGUGAUUUGGAAAUGUGUGGUUUAUUUGUUCUCAGAACUUGUAGCUUUGCAUGUCGAAGAAAUAAAUUUCCAAAAUGCCAAACAUUCUUGGCAUUUUUCGAAAAUGUGAUUUGAACAUUUGCAAGGAAUUACAAUGUUAUGGCAAAGAAGAAAGUAUAUUCAAAUGAAUUGCAGAUUUUAUGGUAGUUCACUUAGUCUGCUAAUUAACAAUUAUGGCGUUUAAAAAUAUUUUAUAUAUUUUAUUUGAUCAAGAUAUUGUGUAAAUAUGUUAGAAUAAUUACGGUUUUGGAAAAACGACAUUUGAGAACCCAUGGAAAGCAAGGAAGUCAUUCACCGCCUGGAACACUACAAGAAAUAAUAACUCGCUGACUUGCAUCUUCAGGCGUAAAUGAAAUGUGAGCUUUGCUAAAAAUAUACUGUUCGUUUGACUGUAUAAAAUUGAUGAUACAAUUCAAAUUUUGAAAGACAUUUUACUCUCCUGGGAAAUUAUUUGCGGAAUAAUCGCUGCUAAGAAAAACUUAUGACAGAUCAUAGGUACUUGUCAGGCAUUGGAAACAUUCACUGGGCCGUGGCCGUAAAGAAAGAGUGGAGUGGUAAUGUGAUUGCAAAAAGUCAGGGAAAGGUUCCAGCCGACAUAAAUUAAUAUAAUGGAUCAACAAUUCUGUCUUCGGUGGAACAACCAUCCAUCAAAUUUAACGGACGUUUUAAGUAGUUUACUUCAAAGAGAAGCUUUAGUUGAUGUUACUCUGGCCUGUGAUGGUGAAACUUUCAAAGCUCAUCAGACAAUCUUGUCAGCCUGUAGUCCAUACUUCGAAAGUAUAUUUCUUCAAAAUACUCAUCCACAUCCUAUUAUUUUCCUUAGAGAUGUGAAUUAUGUAGAAAUGAAAGCUUUGCUACAAUUUAUGUAUAAAGGGGAAGUUAAUGUAAGUCAAAACUUGCUACCUAUGUUUUUAAAAACUGCAGAAGCCUUACAAAUUCGUGGACUGACUGAUAAUCAGACUGUUAGACAGUCUGAUGAUCAGAAUUCUCCUUUGCCAGUGGAUUCCCCUGUAAGAAGUGUUGAACCACAAAGUAGGCCAAAUACACCACCUCCAAGUAAAAGAAAAAGAAAGUCAUCUGGAAGUGGUGAUCUAUCUUUAAUGGGGGCUGCUCUUGACCGGUUCCACUCAGACUCUCAGGCAUCAUCGCAGGGCAGCUACAAGAGUGGUAGUUCAUCAGUGCCACCCCCUCUACCUAAGCUCAAUCCAAUCACUCCAGAUGUUGAAGAAAUUGUGGAAAUGCAUGACUCGCCUCCACCCAUCAUCAAGCAGGAGAUGGACAGCAGCCCUCCACACAGCAGCCACGACUUCAAAGAGCCUCCUUUCCACAGUCUUUCUGCUGAAAGCAUGGCUGCAGCGACAAGUAUGGCGUAUGGAAGAGGAAAGGAUGUUGAAACCGUGGGCCGCACAGCCAUGUCUGACUCACAUCCCGGUGGCGGUUGCGGUGGUGGUGGUUGGGCCUUGGCCACAGGGGGGGAGGUAGGGACUUCUGGAAGAGCCAGCAGUUCUCCACAAGCCCAUGGGAGUGGAUGCUUCAGCUCAGCACAGAAUGCAUUGAAACAGUACUUGGCAGGGCAGAAAGUGGAACUUCCUAAGCUUCCCACUCCUGUGACUGGUACCUUCUCUUCCCAUCUAUUGCAGCCACUCCCUCCGCCGCCUCUUCAAUUUGCACCGUCAACAUCCUCUGUGUCUCAGCAGUGGCGGAGCCCAUCAAGCCGAGGAGCCUGCCGAACCCAUCGAAGUGUGAGCUCCGAAUCAUCCCCUCAAGGGAUGCUGCAAAAUCCGAAUGUAAGCCACGCUUCAAAAUCUAGUAGAGCUGCAUCAACAGUGUCUUUGCCUGCUGCGGUGGGGCAAGAAAUCUCUGUGAUCCAGCCAACUCCACCUGCCAAGUCUGUGCAAGGAGGGAGUGGACCUACUGCUGGCACACGCAAAGGAGGAAGAUUCAGACCAGGCUGGCUUGAAACAUAUGUAUGGUUGCAGUAUGAUGAACGUCUCAACACCAUGUUUUGUAAGUACUGUCGCAAGUGGAGUAGUGCAGUGCCAGAUAUUCGCACUUCCUUUGCAGAAGGCAACAGUAAUUUCCGUCUAGAAAUUGUGAACCAUCACGACAAGUGCAAAGCACAUCGCCUUUGCAUGGAAAAGGAAGAAGAUUCCAAUAUAAAGUCAGAACCUACUGCUGAGUGACAGGCAUUUGAUGUUGUACUAUGUUUCAAUGGAAAUGUGUAUUAGCACACAUUUCAUUAGUACACAAUUAAAGAAAGAGGUAAAACCUCUGGUACCUCUCAUAACAUCUCACUGAAAAUUUUAAUAUUUUAUGUCAAUUGUAAGAGCUUAAACUAUAUCUCUAUACUGUAUUCUUAGAAGAAUUUAUGAACUCUUGAGUGUAUGAUGUGUUGCGGGUGAUCAAGGUAUUGAAAAUAGGUGAAUCAACUAGGGUGAAGUUUGCUGCUAUAUUUUUGCGGAAUGAUGAUUCUUUCAGUCAGUAACAGUUUACUUUGAAUCAAGAGUAUAUUCACAUUCCAUAUAGUGACUUUUCUUACAAAAGCGCCUCAUUGAUUUGAGUUUUCUUCCUAAAUUUAUAUAAUCAAUUAAUGUUAUUUUAUGUUAUUUCUCUCAUAUUUUAAACAUGAUUUAUUUAAGGAGACAUGCUUAAAUUCAAGAAAAUACAUUUUUCAAUAAGAUACACGCACCAGAACUGGCCACAAUUCUGAACAUUUUUGUAGUUUUAUCAAAAUUCUUGGGCUAAAGCACUAAAUUUAUUGUGUGAAUCUCAAUGAAUGAUACCUCUUUCUGAAUAGACCCCUUGCCUAAAAAUGACAAAUUUUUAAUUUGUUAUAUUUUUUAUUAAUUUAUUUCCAAACCUCAAUGUAGUUCCAGUAGAAAUUUGCAAAAUUUUUGUGGUGAUCAGUCUCUCGACUCUGUAAUGACCAAUAGUUACCCUACCCAUGAACAUGUUUGAGUCCAAAAAAAGUCCUGAUAUACAUUAAAGCAGUGUUAAUAUUAAUAAGAUUUUUCUGCCUAUUCUUUAAAUAUAAAAUAAUGGAAAAUAAAGUUUCUUUCAAAUCCUCAUUACUAACAGACAUAAGCUUAUGUUUCUGCAAGUUUGAUGCAAGUGGAAAUCCUGCACAUUUUGUGCAGAUGUGGCCACUACUGGUGUUGCCCUAGAAGUGUAACUGUUUGCUUGGGAUUGGUUAAUGAAAGUUGAUCAGAAAAGUACUUUUUAGGAUUGCAUGGGAAUUAUUUUAUACUCUGGUAACAAUACCUUCUAUGUAAUCAAUACAACUCCUAUGUGAAAUGUUUGCUAACUUUCGCUUACUAAGAGAGAAUUAUAUAGAUGUGAUUUACAUGCAGUCUUGGAGUUUUUCUAAAUAUGAUAAAUAUUGAAAGUUUUUACUGAGGAAGAAAAAUUUGCAGAUUGUCUUAGAUUUCAGGUUUUAUAAAAUAAUAAUUGGAAAUCAUUUUCAUAGUUUUUUGUUGUUUUUUAAAUGAGAAUAUUAGCAGUUUUUAUUGAACAAGAUUAUAGAAAAUAUUAUUUUAUUCCAUUUUAUCUCAAAUAUUAUACUAAUAGCCCUGCCUCAAGUUACAGUUUCUUUAUUCCCAAUAAAAUUUCUAAUUUUUAUGUAACUUAUUAAUAUUCAGCAUUUUUAAAUUAUUUCCAGUUGUAUUUACUAAAUGAAAGUGAAGAAAUUGUAGCCAGAUGUCUACUUAUAGCUAACCAGCGUACUUAAGGUUUUAUUCUACGACAUCUUAGUUUUCUUUCUGUAAAAUUAAUUUGACUCCUGUUUCUUUUCAUAUAAAAAUUAUGAGAGUAUUAGAUUUCCUUUUUAUUUUAUUUUUUAUGAAGCCUACUGAUCAAGACACUUAAUUUAUGUAGAAUUUCCAUCUUAGUUGUAGGAAACUAUUCUCCAAACCAGGAUAGAUUUGGAAAUGUAACAGCACUUCUGUAGUUGUGCAUGUCUUCUUUCAUGAAUCUAGUUGAAAAGCUAUUUUCUCUAGUCAUGUCCCGAUGAUAAGUUGAAUAUUGAAUAUUUUGGUUUUUAAAUGGCAUUGAAUGUAAUUGUACCUGAUUGUAACCAUGGCAUGUGAUUGUGAGAGAAUUUCUGAACUAUUGUUGGUUGUACCUGGACACGUGAUGAUUUUUUAAAGAUAGUUCUAAUGUUAAUACACCAUAUUAGUUGGAUAAUGUACAUACAUAUGAUUAAUGGGAAAUGUGAUUUAUUCAUACUUAGUGUCUUGGAUUAGAAGUACAACAGGAUCUAUCUCUGAAACUUCAAUUUACUUGCAGAUGAUGUGAAUGUUGAUCAACUACAAAAUACAUAUAAGGGUAAUUUGAUAAGUAAGGUAAAUGGAAAAUGAAAAUAACUUACACUUGAUUGGAUUUAUUUGAUGAAAUUGAUGUAAUUUGCUAAAAUUCUUGAUGAUUUCUUUUUUUGUUUUGGUACACUGAAAAAGUAAUAUUCUGUACUUCUCUAAAACUAAGGCCUUUCCUUACUCUUGGAAGCAGAUUCUUAGCUCAACAUUGUUCUGAAUAUUUAUUUCUGCUUAUUAACAAUAAUGAUCUUGUCUACAUUGAUGAUAGAGAUAAAAAAAAAU